AUGACCGUUCCCACGCUCCUCUCCGUCGCAGAGCUCAAGAAGCAGCUCGGCGGCCCUGUCAUCCUCGACGGCAGCUGGCAUAUGCCCGCCGAAAAGAGGGACCCCAUCCAAGAGUUCAAGAACGAGCACCUUCCUGGAGCCCGUUACUUUGACAUCGAGUCUAUCAAGGACAAGACCAGCAAGUUCCCUCAUAUGAUGCCAACAGCCACUCAAUUUGCACAGCAGGUCGGCGAACUCGGCAUCACUAACAACGACCACAUCGUCGUCUACGACACUGCCGGCUUCUUCUCGGCCCCACGCGUUUACUGGAUGUUCAAGGCAUUUGGCCAUGAGAAGGUCUCUGUUUUGGACGGAGGACUCAAGGCUUGGAAGGCUGCUGGGUACCCUGUCGAGUCUGGCGAUGCCAAAGUCCAGGCCAAGGAAUACAAGGUGCCCAAGCUGGAUGCGGACGUGAUCCGUUACCACGAUCAAAUUCUUCAAUUGGUACGGGACAAGGACUCGAAGACAACCAUUAUUGACGCUCGAGGUGCGGAUCGUUUCAGCGGACAAGCACCAGAGCCACGCGCAGGUCUCUCGUCGGGACAUAUGCCCGGUGCCAAGAAUGUUUCCUUCAAGCAGCUGUUUGAUGACAAAACAGGAGAACUUCACGACAAUGGCCAGCUGGCGAGUGUCUUCCAGAAGGCAGGAGUGGAUGUGUCAAAGCUGAAGGAUGAGCCUGUUGUGUUGUCGUGUGGAAGUGGUGUGACGGCGAGUGUGUUGUAUUUUGCACUUGAGCGUUUGGGUCUGAAGAAGUUAGCUGUCUAUGAUGGAAGCUGGACCGAGUAUGCCUCGUUGAAUGAAGGCCCAAUCGUCAAGGAUUGA